UUUAAGCGGAGAUACGGUCCGUACUCCGGCAGCCUUCGCCGGAAUUUUCAACCGGAAAAUAUUAACCAGCGACAUCUCCUCCGUGUUCACACAAACAAAUUUUCUUGGAAUGGGAGUGAAAGUGGCGAGUGGGUGUGUGAACUGGUCACAACAAUCUACGAAUUAUUGGCCACCUUCUUCUUCACCUCAAACCCUAGCUUCUGCAAUCUCUUCACCUUCAACGAGGCGUCGGAGUUUAACCGAUGUCGCGCUGGUUUUUAGGUGCGUUCACCGACCGACGAUAUUUGGAACGAAGCUGAACAGUUAUCGGUCGUUUGAAAACCCGAAAAUAUCCAGAGGACGGAAGUCUAUUAAAUCCAUCGUGAGUGCUAGCUUAGAUGCAGAAUUCUCGGAUGAAGAAUUCUGUAGAGAGAUUCAGGAAUUGGCUUACAUAUUCCAAUUAUCCGAUGACCAUGAGAGUAAUACCAUGGACAAUCACGACUUAAUGGUAUCAGAAACGCAAAACCUAGAACCAUUUCCUAAUUCGAAGAUGGAACCACCAGAUUGGGUAGGGGAUAUGAUUCCGGCGAGCAUAGAGCGGAAGGCAAACAGCAUUGAGCUACCACUUUCGUUACGAAUCAUACAGAGAAAGAAACAAUGGCAGGCAGGAUUCAGAGAAGCAGGGGAAUCUGCUUAUUGUUCGGUGAAGAAGGCAUUCUCUUCAAUGGUGUUCAUAAUUCGCGAGCUUCAGAGCUACACUAUUCACUUGAGAGAGGCUUUGUUCUACGAAGAUCUACAGGGGGUUUUGGUGAGGGUACAGAAAGAGAUGAACGCAUCUUUCGUUUGGCUCUUCCAGCAGGUUUUCUCGCACACACCCACGUUAAUGGUGUACGUGAUGAUUCUUUUGGCGAAUUACAGCGUCUUUGCGAUGUCGAGUAAUGUCGCCUUUGCGGUGGCGCCGCCUCCCGCGACCGUGGAGUCUGUUUCGUUUGUCGGAAACAAGAGUCACGCAAAAAUUGAUUCUUCAUCAAUCAAGACAUUUCCCAUGAAUUCGAGUGGAAAAACCAUGUCAAUUGGCGGAAUCAAUGGUGGCGGAGGGAAAUCCAGGCCUGUAGCUAGCGGCACAGACGGUGAGGAGAGUUUCGAUGGAGCAGUUACACAUCACCGAAGAAUUGUUCCUGAUGGAGCUUCAUUGUCAUCAACAGUAAACCCGUCAGUCCCGAGCCAAGGGAUCGAGGAAGAGGAAUCGGGUUUAUGGAAAUCAAUUACUGAAGAAGCUGAUAACAUGCAGGAUGUUAUCAGAUAUGGAGUUGUUGAUCGGCAAACCAUGCAAAGAUUUGUUUCGCCGGUGACUGCAACAGCCGUGGAAGAAGACACCGCGGAAGGUCACUUCAGAACGGAGCUUCUAUAUCAAAUGGGUCUAUCAGAAGAGCCCGAUAACCCGCUUCUCCUUGCCAAUUACGCUCAGUUCCUGUACAUCGUCGUCCAAGAUUACGAUAGAGCAGAGAAAUACUUCAAAAGGGCUUCUAAAGUGGAACCCAAGGAUGCAGAAGCCCUUAGCAAAUACUCAAACUUCUUAUUGGAAGUGAGAAAGGAUUUGUGGGUUGCUGAAGAGACUCUAUUGGAAGCCAUUGCCCUUGACCCCAGUAACCCCUUUUAUGCAGCCACUUAUGCAAAUUUCCUCUGGAGCAACGCAACCGAUGAUGCUUGUUUCCCCAUCGAUUCGUCGGACAUAGCCAACUCCGAUGGCCUUUAAUUAACCGCUACAAAAUGAAUAUUACGGUGAUGACAAUUCCCGAUUAUAGCUUAGUUGUAUAAUCGGUAAUAAGGAUGGGAAAAGAAACAAGGUGUACCGGUUAAUGUGUGGUUGAAGAUUAUAUGGUUAUAGUUAAGGAAGUUAACAAAGACUUUGGUGGUCGGUGGCAAGUCUAGGUUGUUAAUGGACAUUGAUCUAGGGUGGUUACUGGUGGUGGUGAUGCAUGCUUUCCAACAAAAACUUUUGGAUGUUCUUUAGUUUGAUUUUAUUCUGUUUCAGCUACAAAAUGUGAUUAUGCAAGAGCCAACAAUUGUAAUUAAACUUUGUUUAUAAAUUAUAAUUUAAAUGUUUUAGU